AAUAAAUUUAAUACAAUUUCGAGUCGUAAAAUUGUUGGUUAACGUUAUGUGAUUUUUUUUUUGUUAAGUUUAAGAAUAUGUGGUCCGUCGUCUUUACUGUGCUAUUUUUAGGGUUCGCUGAAAGUUUGCUCGAAAAUGAUCUUUUGGACAAAAAUGAAGUCAAAAUUGAGCACUUCGUGUACUGGCCGAAUGCAACAGUACCUUUCUACAUCCACCCGGAACAUUUCGACCACGAGCAAUCAUCGAUCAUCCUGACAGCGCUGACCAACUUCGCAUUCAAGACUUGUCUGAAGUUCCUGCCAGCGCUGGUGGCGCCAACUAACGGACAACACGUGUUGGUGAUCGAGAACCCUAACGGAGUACGACAAUGCGUUCUUAGCACCUCAGGUCAUACUAGAGACGAGCCACAUUACAUGGUCCUCGGCUACGACUGCCUGCACUCGCCGCAGAUAGACAUGAUGCUAAUGAAGGCCAUCGGCUUCAGUUUCGAGCACAACCGCGCCAUCCGCGACUUAUACAUCAGAGUACAGAAGGAGAACGUUAACCCUAGCGCAAUGGAUCUUUUUGUUAUGGACGAUAAGUUGCCAACGGAGCUGCGCGCGCUGCCCUACGAUGUGAACAGUGUAAUGCAUUUCGGAGAGAGGGAGUACAGUAAGAACGGCCACAGGACUAUUCUCGUACUGGAUCACAAAGUAAAACAAUGUAGAGAGGGGCUCUCUGAGACAGACGUGCGCAAAAUUGAUAUUGUCUAUGGCCCUGAAUGCAGGAAGAGAGAUCGAUUAGAGAAAAUAGAUCUGUGCCAAGGUUAUCCCGGCGUGGCUCGAAAGAAGAGGGCUGUCGUUGAUGACGACAUUGUUGUCGAAAAGAGUACCGAACCAGCUCCUACUGAAGUUAAAAGCUUAAGGGUUAAUCCGAACAUAACCCCCCCUGCCGGCCUCUCAAAUACAACACAAAAAGAUAAAAACGUAGAGGGAAAAGAUUUGAACGCAAUAAUGGGAGAAUUAGGUAUAAAAUAUGCUGUUGAAGAAAUAACUAACUUAGUAUACAAAUUGGGAGCUCGAGCCCUAACCAAUUUGAGGAUAAAGCAUUGUAACGCCUCUGAGACAAAUACAACAAAUGUAGAAGUCAAAAAGUCAGGUAGACGUUCAGAAGAGAAGAAACCCGAUAUAUUUGGCGUUGUGGAAAUGGUAGCUGAAUACGUGCAAGAUAUGGUUGAUCAUGCUUUAACAAAUCUAACGUCGUUCUGCGAAGUGGAAAACGAUUUGAAAGUGUACCAGAGACAAAGGUGGUGUAACUUUAACAGUGGGAAAGACAGGUGUCCAGUUAUUUACAAAUCGACGAAGACCGGGGCCGUCAUGUAUUCGACUAAACACAGACCUUAUAUACCUCAGUCGACUAAACACGAAGGAAGUGUUCAGAGGUUUAUAUUGUACCAUCAGAAUCAUAGAAGGGACGGCGGUGAUGAUGCGCCAGACGGAGAUGUUAGGAAGAAGAGAGACGCUGAGUCUGGUAAUCUUAGGAGGAAGAGAGGGAUCGAGAGGAGAUUCGAAGGGCGAAGGUAUAACGUGAGCAACCAAUCAGAUGGCGUGAAAUGGGACCAAUCGGAGGUGUCGAUGGAGGCUAACAAGCCGCCGGACCAGGACGGCGCCAAAGAUACGAAGGAGGGGAAACCAGUUGACGUACAUAGGGUCAAACACAAAGACGCUUCAGCCCCUCUACCGAAAGUGGUGGAGCUUUCGAAAAAGAAUAGGGAGUUUUACGGGGAGAGGAUGUGGCCGGACGGUUUCGUAAGAUACGUUGUCACCGAAGAUAAAAAAUACGACCUCAACGACCUCCGGCGUCGACUUGGUGCCGUAAACCGCAUCCUGAAGGAGAGGACAUGUGUGAGUCUUGAAGAGAUCACAGAAGAAGACGCUGAGAGGUUUGAAGACUACCUCGUUUUGGACGGCAGCGCCGACUAUAUCACUGGCAAAGUCGGGGGAAGGCAGAAUUUCGGCACCCUGGAGCUGUUUGAAGGUGGUCAACACAAGCAGCACGCGGCCAUGAUGGUGAUGGCGAUGCUGGGCUUCUACUUCGAGCUGGCCAGACACGACCGGGACAAGUACGUCAGGGUCCAUUUGCGCCACGUCAGACCUGACAAACUGCACCAUUUCGAGAAGAUCCGCUCGGACGCGACUCUGCCCCUCCCGUACGACUACGAGAGCGCCACACACCCCGCGUGGCAGUUCUGGAGGCAAAUCGGCAAGACUGGCAUAUCCACCGUCGCUACUUAUAAAGAGAUGGACCCCGACGGCUCCAUCAUGCGCUCCCUGGGCCAGCACGACCACCUCCUAUCAGAGACAGACAUAGUCAAAAUUAACAGCGUCUACGGACUCAAAUGUUUCGACAAGAAACCUGAAAGAAACAAUGACAAUAUUGACAACGACAGUGUCAUACAAGAAGUGGAUUUAGACAAAGAAAAGGAACCUCAAGAAGAAUCUAAGAAGCCGAAGAAUAUCCACGAACUUGAAACUUGGACUCGACCAAAACAUAAGAACCGCGAAGAAGGUAGGCAUAAGGAUAAUGAAGAAGGGAGACAUAAAAAUAAUGAAGACAGAUAUAAAAAUAACGAAAACAGACAUAAGAAUAAUGAACAAGAGAGACAUAAAGAUGAAGAAGAGAGAAAUAAGGAUGACGAAGAAGAACGACAUAAGAAUAACGAAGAAGAUAGACAUAAAAGAGAAAACCACGGGAGAAACAGGGACAGACAUAGAAAUAAGCAUGAGCCAGAAAGGGAAGAAGAUUAUGACGAUGCUAGAGAACGGAAUAGAGACAGACAUAGUAAAAGAUAUGAGAGUGAAAGAGAAAGGGAACACGAGCAAGAAAGAGAUAAAAAUGGACAUAGGGAUAAGCACGGGAGAGAACAUGAAAAUAGUGAUAAGUACAGGGAAGAUCGUGACAUUAGAGGCGACAGAGGGAGGCAUGGAAAAGAAAGGAAUAUGCAUAAAAAGAGGUCACGCGAAAUGGACGAAGAGAAUGAAGAACAGGAGAGAAAUGAAGGAAAACAUGGUCGCAUUGACAAAGGUAGAGGUAGACAUGAAGAUGAGGAAUCAGACAGGGACAGACAUAGACAGGGUAGAGAUAGAGAAGGCAGACACGGGAGACAUCAGAAUAGGGCCGAAGAGAGCGAAAGGUAUAAUAGGGAAGACGAUAGACACCAACAGAACGAAAUGGACGUUGAAGAUGAAACGGGAGCAGAGGGACCUGGUGGAUACAGACAGAGACACAGAUACAAUGAAAGACCUGAUAUAUCUGGUGAUAAUAAUCCGGAAGGGAGGGGGGGCUAUCCAGAAAAUAGUCCCGAUUACAACGGCGGGCAACCUAUAGCGUAUCAGGAAGAUAUAAGACGGCGAAGGGGGCAGAUGGUUGCGCCUGUAAAGACGAAUUAAAUAAAGUCGUAGUAAAAAAAAAAACAACGGUGCCGAAAGUAAUAAUUUACAGUAUAUUUUUCAUUGUGAGAACUAGUUAACUUUUGGCGAAUUAAAUAAAAAAAAAUGUUAAAUUA